CAUAAGAAUCAUCGUUGUUGUUUCUGCUACGCGUGUUUUUGUGUUUUAUUUAUCUCACUCUGUGUGCUCUCUGUCAAAAACCACACAGGAACAAAACAUUAACAACCCCCCAAACACGCCAUUAACAAUCAUCACGACGGCAAUGGCAAACACCAACUUGGAAGAUGUUCCAUCUGAAAAUCUCAUGACCGAACUCCUUCGCCGUUUCAAGUGUUCAUCCAAACCUGACAAGCGUCUCAUUCUCGUUGGCCCACCUGGAUCUGGAAAAGGCACCCAGUCACCAAUCAUAAAGGAUGAGUACUGCUUAUGCCACUUAGCUACCGGUGAUAUGUUGAGAGCAGCUGUAGCAGCCAAAACUCCUCUUGGUACUAAGGCGAAAGAAGCCAUGGAUAAGGGAGAGCUUGUUUCUGAUGACUUGGUUGUUGGCAUUAUUGAUGAGGCCAUGAAGAAACCAUCAUGUCAAAAAGGUUUCAUCCUGGAUGGUUUUCCAAGAACUGUGGUUCAAGCACAGAAGCUUGACGAAAUGCUGGAAAAGCAGGGUGCUAAAAUUGACAAGGUGCUCAAUUUUGCAAUUGAUGAUGCAAUCCUUGAGGAGAGGAUUACUGGACGCUGGAUACACCCAUCCAGUGGCAGAACCUACCAUACAAAGUUUGCUCCUUCCAAGGUUCCUGGGGUUGAUGAUGUUACUGGUGAACCCCUUAUCCAGCGCAAGGAUGACACUGCAGCUGUUCUUAAGUCAAGACUGGAUGCAUUUCACAGGCAGACUGAACCGGUUAUUGAUUACUAUUCAAAGAAGGGCAUUGUUGCUAAUCUCCAUGCUGAAAAACCUCCCAAAGAGGUGACUUCUCAGGUUGAGAAAGUGCUGUCUCAAUAGAGGCCCCCCGGGCAUUGCCGUUGAUUUUUUUUAGGAAACUUAGUUUGCCAAUUUCUACUUUGAUACAUUCUGAAAUCUGCAUACCGUUUCAACUUUGCUGCAAAUGCCGGUUUUUUUCUCGAACUUAGAUUUGGAGAGUCAUUUUGAUGAAAAUAAAAAGUCAAUUGAAUGUACCAUGUUAACUUCUCAAUGAAUUGUCUCUUGACAAUUGCAUAUGUGUUUUCAAGUGUUAAAUGUAUAAGUUGAGUGGAUACAAGAUCCCAUUCCCAUGUGGAACAUGGAAUUCAAAUCAUACCGAUUUAAUUUUGCGAA